CACGCUUCUAAGGUACGGUGAAACCAACUUUGCGUUUAGGAGCAAUCCGCCGGGGAAGCUGAGAAGAAGUUUAAGUAUUUCACAAACGGUGGGGGAGAGAAAUUUCUCCACUUCAAGUGCGGCGAAUUUAACAGUGGCAAGAUUACGGAUUCUUCGUAAAACAGUGUCCCUUUCUCUUUCCGAAAAGGUGGGAGGGAAGAGAAAGCCAAGCUACUCCAGUUGCGUAAAGGGAGCCGACUUCCCAGGAGGCGUGUUGCAGAAUCCAGUUACUAGAGCUUUGAGCCUGUGUGACCUCCUGAGCCGUCAAGAGACUGAGAGGCUUAUGAGGAGGUUCUGUCAGACGAAACAGUGCCUAGCAAAGACACCGAGGAGGAGGGAGAAGGAGAAACGGGAAAGGCACCGGAGCUGAAACAUUCUGUGGCCAGCCAUGAGAUCGAUCCGAUCAUUUGCAAAUGAUGACCGGCACGUGAUGAUGAAACACUCGACCAUUUAUCCAUCUCCAGAGGAACUUGAAGCUGUACAGAACAUGGUUUCCACAGUUGAGUGUGCCCUUAAACAGGUCUCUGAUUGGAUGGAUGAAAUGAACAAGUCCACCAGGGCAGAGAGCAGCCCAGAAGGCAAAGAGGAAGUACCAGACAGUGGUUGCAAGGACCAAGGUAGCCGGGUCUUGUGUGGGGUGAUGCGAAUUGGCUUGGUAGCUAAAGGGCUGCUGAUAAAGGAUGACAUGGAUUUGGAAUUGGUUCUUAUGUGCCAAGAGAAGCCCACAGAGACCUUAUUAUCUCUUGUCAAAGACAAUCUCCCCAUCCAAAUCCAGAAACUCACAGAGGAAAAAUAUCAUGUUGAGCACCAUGUGGAUGAGGCAGCCAUCGUCAUCCGUAGCACAAAGGAGCUUCCGCUAACACUCAAGGUGACCCUAACCUCUCCUCUAAUCCGGGAUGAAGCUGAGAAGAAGAAUGGAGUAGACAGUGUUGCGAUGAAAGAUCCUCCGGACUUACUGGACAGGCAGAAAUGCCUUGAUGCUUUGGCAUCUCUGCGGCACGCCAAAUGGUUCCAGGCCAGGGCAAACGGACUAAAGUCCUGUGUAAUUGUGCUGCGUAUUCUGCGAGAUUUGUGCAACAGAGUCCCCACCUGGGCGCCACUUAAAGGAUGGCCACUGGAGCUUAUAUGCGAGAAAGCGAUCGGCACAUGCAAUAGACCUUUGGGUGCCGGUGAAGCUCUGAGGCGAGUGAUGGAGUGUUUGGCGUCGGGAAUCCUGUUACCUGGUGGGCCUGGUGUUCAUGACCCCUGUGAGCGGGAGCCGACAGAUGCCUUGUCCAACCUGACUGUUCAACAACGAGAAGCCAUUACCCAUAGUGCCCAGCAUGCAUUGAGACUGUCGGCUUUUGGUCAGAUCUAUAAGGUGCUGGAGAUGGAUCCUCUCCCAUCUAAUAAAUCGUUCCAGAAAUAUUCCUGGUCAGGAACCGACAAAGAAGGUGCAGGCUCUUCUGCUUUGAAGAGGCCUUUUGAAGACGGAUUGGGGGAUGAUAAAGAUCCCAAUAAGAAGAUGAAGCGUAACUUGAGGAAAAUCCUUGACAGCAAAGCAAUAGACCUCAUGAAUGCUUUGAUGCGCCUGAACCAGAUAAGGCCUGGUUUGCAGUACAAGCUACUGUCCCAGUCGGGCCCGGUCCAUGCCCCUGUCUUCACCAUGUCUGUGGAUGUGGAUGGCACAACGUACGAAGCUUCAGGACCUUCCAAAAAAACCGCCAAGCUUCAUGUUGCAGUGAAGGUUUUGCAAGCGAUGGGCUACCCCACCGGUUUCGAUGUAGACCUGGAAUGUACUAGCUCCGAUGAGAAGUCAGAUACAGAAGGCAAAAAUGAGACCAUUUCUUCAAACUCAAGCAAUAAUACUGGAAACUCUACAAUCGACACCUCUGCUACCUUGGAGGUAAGAACUCAGGGUCCCAUCCUCACAGCGAGCGGCAAGAACCCAGUGAUGGAGCUGAAUGAGAAACGGCGAGGCCUCAAGUAUGAGCUAAUUUCCGAGACGGGCGGCAGCCACGACAAGCGUUUUGUGAUGGAGGUUGAAGUAGAUGGGCAGAAGUUCCGAGGUGCCGGUCCUAACAAGAAGGUGGCCAAGGCCAGUGCUGCAUUGGCUGCUCUUGAGAAACUCUUUUCUGGCCCCAAUGCAGCCGCCAACAAGAAGAAGAAGAUUCUCCCUCAGACAAAAGGAAUCGUCAACACAGCCAUGUCAGCAGCGGUCCAGGUGGCUCGAGGCAGAGGGAGGGGUGUUCUCACACGAGGAGCUUUUGUUGGGGCAGCAGCUGCUACUGGUUAUUUGGCACCAGGCUACGGGGCACCCUAUGGGUACAGUGCCGCCGCCGCCACACCAGCUUAUGGUGGCUUUUUCAUUGACAGCCCUUAUUGCCAACCUAUCAACAUCGCUCCUUAUAUCAUUCACUUGAGUCCUCAAGAUUUCUUCUCUGACUUCUAGAGCAAAGCAGGUUAUGUGGUUUACAAAGUACUUUUUCUCAAAUGACUUCCUAAAAGCAAGAGCUUAAUGUGACUCGUUUGGGGGGGAAGAGCCUUCGACAUCAGAAUGGGACUCUGGGAUUCUCCUUAAAAACAAAAGUUCAUUUCUAUUUUUUUAACUGUUCCUUUCUUGAACUCCAAAAAGCAAUACUCACAAGCCCCUGCUCUCAGAACCACAGCAAUAGAUGUACAUAGAGCGCUGCUUGGCUGUUUCCACUUUGCACUGAGACAGAAACGGAUGUUUUAAGCCAUGUUCCACUUUGAAAACUGUCCUAGCUCUCAAAUCGAAUGAGCUAGCUUUAACUCAACUUUUGACUCGCUAUAACUAUUCUGAUUUUCUUUUGGAAUGGGAAACACAGGAUGAAACAGGCUGCGGGAAAGCUUUUAACUCCCCCCCCCCCCCACCUUUGUAGCAAUGUGGUGGGAGGUUUCUGGCUUUUGGCCUUAUCUGCAAUAGCAUGUCUGCAGUGCCUCUUCUGAAAGUAUCAGCCCUAACCAAACAAGCCAUUCCAGAUGCAGAUGGCCUUUCUGGUGGUCCCUUGGCAUUGUUCUAGGAUGUCCUUGUUUAAAAGGAAUGCCUGGGGAAGGCCAUGAUGGAUGUCUUAGGGCAGGAAGCAUCUUGUGAAGCCCAACAGCUCGCAAAUACCAGUGGUGAGAAUGUGGGGAUCUAUCUGGACCCAGCAGACCCUCCCUCCCUUAACCCUAACUCUUAACCCUUCCCAAUCCUUCUCCUCCCCUUAGGGUGGGUGGGCCAUAACCAGAUGCCAGGCCCCCUCCCUCCCCAGCACUCCCCUCUCUGUACAACAGGAAUUAUUAGACCUACCUCAUAGGGUUUUUGUGAGGACAGAAAUUUAAAAAGACCAGAUGAACCCCACAUGAGACGUUCAAGCCCCUCUCAGAGGACUGGUGUCCCAUAGUGCAGCCAUAUUCUCGCACGACUCCUGUUCGUUUGUCCCAACAGAGCGUGUGGGAGAGAAGAUCCCAGAGGAUAGUGCCCCUGUUUCCCAGUGGAGGUGAGGCUUCUGUACGGGGCAGGUGAAUUCGUGCUAAAUCAGGUUAAUGGCAAUUUUCUUUUCCACUCUGGUUGUAGCCCUUUAGGCUUCUCUGUGUGUAAAAUAAGCAAAAAGGCCGUGGCCGUGUGCCAGGGUCGGGGUCUCUGAAAGAGGUAAGCGCUUCUGUUUUUGGCCUGGAGACUUAUUUCUGUUGCUGCCUUUCAAUCAUUUUGCUCUCUUGCUGAACCUCAAAUAUGUCCUCCGCUAUCAUGUUUUUGAACUGUACGAUGGAAUGUAAAUAUUUGAGGAGGAAUCAUGCAGCCCAGGAAGGGCUGCUUUUUUUUUUCCAAACUGCCAACUUUUUUUUUAAACGUGUUUUAUUUGGUGAAAGACAAAUGAUAUUUUUAAGUCUCAUGCUCAAGAAAACAACCUGAAGGAAAACAUGUCUGCGUGUUUUGUCUUUAAUCCUGUUAUUCCAGUCUUGGGUCAUGGUGAGUGCUGUGCCAUGGCUCCAAGAUAUAUAUAUAUAUAUGCAAGAAGAGGUUCAACAUGCAUGAUCUCGGCUGCUUCCUUUUUGUCCCAAGUCUUUCACAAAGGCUGCUCCCUCCAAGUAGGACAUUCAGCACAGUUUAGUUUUCAUUGCAGUUGGUUCCGGUGGAAAUUCUUGGUGCUGUAAUCUAUCAGUUUUGGAAGAACAUCGAAACAAAUGGUUCUGGAUACAAGAACGAGGCCAUCUGGAGAACAGGGCAAAUUUCCAAGCCAAGAAUGAUUAGAUGGGUUGAAAACAAAAGGCCUGGGUCAGGAUACCCCUUUAUGAAUCUAAGGGGAAAGCACAUCUAGAAUAUUGUGCUGAGUUGCGGUUAUUUCAUCUCAAAAAGCAGAACUAGAUAAGAUGCAAAAAAGGGCAACCUUACUGAUGGAGAAAAUUAGCACCUUUGUAACAGGGGAAACACUAGGGUUUUUUGGCUUUGAAAAAAAAAUACAAAAUUGGAGGAUGGGUUAGAGAAACAACAGAACUGAGAGGUGUUCCAUGAAACUGACGGGUAGUAGAUUGAAGAUAAACAGAAGGUUUCAUUCACUCAAUACAUUAACUUACAGAAUUUCAUUGCCAGAAGACAUAAUGGUUUAGAUGGUUUUGAAAAGAUAAUGAGAUAACUCUUGGGGAUGGCUCCUAGCCACAACCACUAAGUGAAAUCUCUAUGCACGGGGAAGUUGCAGCUGCUGGGAAACAAUGCUGUCGGUUUCAUGCAUUGCUUGUACAUUAGAGUAUCUGGUUGCCACUGUGGGGAAUGGGAUAUAAGAGUUGGAGACCACAAGGGUCAUCCAGUCCAACCCUCUUCCAUGCUGGAACAUGCAACCAAAGCACACCUGAUACAUGGCCAUGCAGCCUGUUUAAAAACCUCCAACGAAGGAGACUUCACCACCCUCUGCGGCAGCGUAUUGCACUGUCAAACUGCCCUUGCUGCCAGGAAGUUCUUCCUAAUGUUUAGGUGGAAUCUGUUUUCUCAGAGUUUGAAUGCAUUAUUCUGGGUCCUUGUUUCUGGAGCAGCAGAAAACAAGUUUGCUCCCUCUUCAACACGACAUUCCUUCAAAUAUUUAAACAUUGCUAUAACGUCACCCCUUAUUUCUCUUCUCCAGACCAAACAUACCUAGCUUCCUGAAU